CCUGUUGAUCAGGAUCAGCACGUGGAAUAAAUGUGAGCCGGCCCACGCUUUAGAGCCAGUCGAAAUCGGUGUUUCAAAAGGGUGACGUCCUUAUAAAACUAACAGCGUUUAGUUAAUGAGGAAAAUGUCAAUUUACGAGCCCAAACCGGCGUACCUUAUCCUUGAGGAUGGCACCGUCUACAAAGGCCACCGUUUUGGAGCUGAAAUACCGGUUAACGGUGAAGUCGUUUUCCAAACUGGAAUGGUCGGCUAUCCUGAAUCACUGACAGAUCCAUCGUACCAUGCACAAAUAUUGGUUUUGACAUACCCACUUGUGGGCAACUAUGGUGUUCCAACAUGCGAAGUCGAUAAAUAUGGAAUACCAAAGUGGUUUGAAUCAUAUAAAAUUUGGGCGGCAGGGCUCGUUGUUGGGGAGAUUUGUGACACACCCAGCCACUGGCUGAAAUCUGAAACUCUUUCAGACUGGAUGUUGUCAAAUAAAGUACCUGGGAUUGCUGGCAUCGACACAAGAGAGUUGACUAAGAAGAUAAGAGAGAGAGGUUCCUUGCUUGGAAAAAUUGUCCUGACACUACCUGAAUCGAGUGAGGAACCUUUUCUCGAUCCUAAUAAACGGAAUUUAGUAGCAGAAGUUUCUAUAAAGGAGCCUAAAUUGUACAAAAAUUUGAAUUCUUCAGUGAAAAUUUGCAUAGUGGAUUGUGGUAUGAAGUACAACCAGUUGCGUUCUUUCUUGUACAGAGGGGUAGAUGUUGAAGUUGUACCAUGGGACCAUCCUUUGAACCCUAACAAUUUUGAUGGACUUUUUCUCAGCAAUGGCCCAGGAAAUCCUGAAAGUUGUACAGUAACCAUUGAGAAUAUUAAAAAAGUAAUGUCUAGUGGUAAGCCGAUUUUUGGUAUUUGCCUGGGCCACCAACUUCUUGCAGUGGCUGCAGGGUUCAAAACGUACAAAAUGAAAUAUGGUAAUAGAGGUCACAAUCAGCCCUGUGUCCACCACGGAACAAAUCGUUGUUUUUUGACUUCACAAAAUCACGGAUUUGCUGUUGAUGCAAACUCAGUACCCGAGGGAUGGAAAUUACUGUUCACAAAUGCUAACGAUAAAACUAAUGAAGGCAUUGUCCAUGGUUCACUUCCAUUCUUUAGUGUCCAGUUCCACCCAGAACAUCACGCAGGCCCACAUGAUUUAGAGGGGCUUUUUGAUAUAUUCAUCACGUUUAUCGAACUCCAUAAAACAACUGGCCAAUGUUCUGGAAUUGAUUUGAAAAUUACUGACUUCUUAUCCUACAAACCAGGAACUGCUUUCAUUCCUCCAAAGCCAAGCAAAGUGUUGAUACUUGGUUCAGGAGGACUCUCAAUAGGGCAGGCUGGUGAAUUUGAUUAUUCAGGGUCUCAGGCGAUUAAAGCUCUCCAAGAAUGUGACAUUCAAACUGUUCUCAUCAAUCCCAAUAUUGCUACUGUACAGACCUCGAAAGGUCUUUCUGACAAGGUCUACUUCUUACCACUACUUCCAGAUUAUGUGGAACAGGUUAUAUGCUCAGAACGACCAGAUGGCAUUCUUCUGACUUUUGGUGGACAGACUGCCUUGAAUUGUGGUGUAGAAUUGCAGAAAAAUGGAAUAUUUGACAAGUACAAUGUCAAAAUCCUUGGCACACCCAUUCAGUCCAUUAUUGAAACUGAAGAUCGUAAAAUAUUUGCUGAUCGGGUUAACGAAAUCGGGGAGAAAGUGGCCCCAAGUGCUGCUGUAUAUAGUAUCACAGAGGCAUUGGAAGCUGCAAACAGAUUGGGCUACCCUGUUUUAGCAAGAUCAGCCUUCUCAUUGGGCGGACUUGGGUCUGGCUUUGCAAAUAACGAUGAGGAAUUGAGAAAACUGUCACAACACGCCUUUGCUCACUCCAAUCAACUCAUUAUUGACAAGUCAUUGAAAGGGUGGAAAGAAGUUGAAUAUGAAGUUGUGAGAGAUUCUUUUGACAAUUGCAUAACGGUUUGCAACAUGGAAAAUGUUGAUCCUCUUGGAAUCCACACAGGAGAGUCUAUUGUUGUAGCUCCGAGUCAGACACUUAGUGAUUAUGAGUAUAAUAAACUAAGAACAACUGCUCUUAGAGUUAUACGUCAUUUUGGAGUUGUGGGUGAGUGUAAUAUACAGUAUGCACUGAGUCCCACUUCUGAUGAAUUCUAUAUUAUUGAGGUAAAUGCUAGGCUUUCUAGAAGCUCCGCGUUGGCUAGCAAAGCCACUGGCUUCCCUUUAGCGUAUGUGGCUGCUAAGCUUGCCUUGGGCCACUCCCUUCUGGAUAUUAGAAAUUCUGUUACAAUGAAAACGACCGCAUGUUUCGAGCCAAGUUUAGAUUAUUGUGUUGUCAAAAUUCCAAGAUGGGAUCUGAGCAAAUUUUCAAGAGUUAGCACAAAGAUUGGAAGCUCCAUGAAGAGUGUUGGAGAAGUGAUGUCUAUCGGGAGGAAGUUUGAAGAAGCUUUUCAGAAGGCCAUGCGAAUGGUGGAUGAGAAUGUCAUUGGCUUUGAUCCCUAUGUAAAACCGCUUUCAGAUGAGGAACUUGAACAGCCGACAGACAAAAGGAUGUUUGUCCUCGCAGCCGCUCUCAAGUCAAAUUACACUGUGGAUAGACUUUACCAGCUGACCAAAAUAGACAGGUGGUUCCUCUACAAGAUGAAGAACAUAAUUGAGAUGCAGACAUUUCUUGAGUCCGUGCCUCAUCAAAACCUUACCAAUGCUCAUCUGCUCAAAGCUAAGCAACUAGGGUUUUCAGACAAGCAGAUCGCAUCAUUUGUCAAGAGUACAGAGCUGGCAAUAAGAAAUAAGAGGGCUGAAAAUGGAAUUACACCAUUUGUGAAGCAAAUUGAUACUGUAGCUGCAGAAUGGCCUGCAUCAACGAAUUACCUUUACCUUACUUAUAAUGGUGCUUCUCACGAUUUAUCAUUUCCGGGUGGAUUUUCCAUGGUUAUUGGAUCUGGUGUUUAUAGAAUUGGAAGUUCAGUAGAAUUUGACUGGUGUGCUGUAGGCUGCCUGAGGGAGCUAAACAAACUUGGUAGAAAAACAAUAAUGGUCAAUUACAAUCCUGAAACUGUAAGUACGGAUUACGAUAUGUGCGACCGACUCUACUUUGAGGAAAUAUCAUUUGAGAUCGUCAUGGACAUAUACAAUUUGGAGAAUCCUGAAGGCAUAAUAUUAAGCAUGGGUGGCCAGCUUCCCAACAACAUAGCCAUGGACCUCCACAAACAGAAGGCACGGAUUUUAGGCACUUCACCUGAGAGCGUCGAUGGCGCUGAGAACCGAUUUAAAUUUUCAAGAAUGUUAGACAGAAUUGGCAUUUCUCAACCGAGAUGGAAGGAAUUAACAAACCUUCAGUCUGCCAUUGAUUUCUGUGAUGAAGUCGGCUAUCCUUGUUUGGUGAGGCCAUCGUACGUUUUGAGUGGUGCUGCUAUGAGUGUGGUUCAUUCGGAGCAUGACCUCGAAGAAUAUUUAGCUGUAGCGAGUGAAGUUAGUAAAGAGCAUCCAGUGGUUAUUUCCAAGUUUUUGCUCGAGGCAAAGGAAAUAGAUGUUGAUGCUGUAGCUUGCGACGGGGUAAUUUUAUGUAUGGCUGUUUCUGAGCAUAUUGAAAAUGCUGGGGUUCAUUCCGGUGAUGCUACUUUAGUCACUCCUCCACAAGACAUCAAUUCUGAAACAUUGGCCAAAAUUUUGGCCAUAUCUAAGGCAAUUGCAAGUUCGCUUGAAGUCACAGGACCGUUUAAUAUGCAGCUGAUUGCGAAGGAUAAUGUUCUCAAAGUUAUUGAAUGUAAUGUGAGAGUUUCACGCUCAUUCCCAUUUGUUUCAAAAACUCUAGAUCAUGAUUUUGUCGCCACUGCAACAAAAGUGAUAGUCGGCGAACAAGUUGAACCCGUAGAUGUUCUUAUGGGAUGUGGCAAAGUCGGGGUUAAAGUGGCAGUCUUCUCUUUUUCAAGAUUGGCAGGGGCUGAUGUCAUGCUUGGAGUUGAGAUGGCAUCUACAGGUGAAGUGGCUUGUUUCGGUGAUAAUCGCUAUGAAGCUUACCUAAAGGCGAUGAUGAGCACAGGCUUCCACAUUCCACAAAAAGCUAUUCUCCUUUCAAUUGGAAGUUUUAAGCACAAAAUGGAAUUGCUUCCUAGCAUGAAAUCAUUGCAGAAGUUAGGCUACAAAUUGUACGCCAGUAUGGGCACAGCUGACUUCUACAACGAACAUGGAGUUCAUGUGGAACCAGUUCAGUGGAUAUACGAGAAUAUAGGAGAAGCAACAACAUCAGGGGAAUUGAAUAGUUUGGCUGAUUAUCUUGCGAGGAAAGACUUUGAUUUAGUUAUUAAUUUGCCAAUGAGGACAAGGGGUGCGAGGAGGGUGUCUUCGUUUAUGACGUACGGUUACAAAACGAGAAGACUUGCUGUCGAAUAUUCAGUACCGCUUGUUACAGAUGUCAAGUGUGCUAAACUACUUGUUGAGGCAUUGUUAAGGAUUAAGCAAGCUCCUCUGAUGAAGACACAUACAGACUGCCUUACUUCCCGUAAAAUUAUCCGUCUUCCAGGUCUUAUCGAUGUCCAUGUCCAUACCAGAGAGCCAGGAGCAGAGCACAAAGAGGAUUUCAGUACGUGCACAGCUGCAGCACUCGCUGGCGGCAUAACGAUGAUUUGUGCAAUGCCAAAUACAAACCCUGCAUGCGUUGAUGACACAACAUUUGCACUUGUGAAAGAGUUGGCUGCAGAAAAAGCACGGUGUGAUUAUGCUAUCUAUCUUGGUGCUACAGAGGAUAAUUUCAACCUGAUACCAGACCUUGCCCCAAAGGCUGCAGGUUUAAAGAUGUACUUAAAUGAGACAUUCAACACUCUGCGACUGCGUGAUCUGACAUUCUGGAGAAAACAUUUUGAUUUCUGGCCGAAGAAAUAUCCGCUCUGUGUUCAUGCAGAAGGGCAGACCACAGCGGCCAUCUUGUUAUUGGCCACACUGCACAACCGUCCCAUCCACGUUUGCCAUGUAGCACGAAAAGAAGAAAUACAAAUUAUAAGAGCAGCUAAGGAGAAGGGACUCCCUGUGACGUGUGAAGUCUGCCCACAUCACCUUUUCCUAACAAAUCUUGCUAAGGAAUAUUUAGGAGAAAAUAAAUCCCAAGUCAGGCCGGUUUUGUGCAGCGAAGAGGACAGACAAGCCCUUUGGGAAAAUCUGGACAUCAUUGACUGCUUCGCCACAGACCAUGCCCCUCAUACUUUGGAAGAAAAACUUAGCGAAAAAGCUCCUCCCGGCUUCCCAGGAUUGGAAACUAUUUUACCCUUAUUGCUCACUGCUGUUAAUGAGGGAAAAUUGACUAUUGAGGACAUUGUCGAUAAAAUGCAUAAAAAUCCAAGGCGUAUUUUCAACCUACCAGAGCAGCCUAAUACUUACAUAGAAGUUGACAUGGAUGCGGAAUGGAUGAUACCAGAUGCGCCUACUUUCAGUAAAGCAAAGUGGACGCCUUUUGCCGGUAUGGCUGUAAAAGGUGCAGUUCACAGAGUUGUUCUCAGGGGUGAAGUCGCUUAUGUUGAAGGACAGGUUCUUACCAACCCUGGGUUUGGCCGAGACAUGAGGGAGAAGAGCAACAAGUUAAACUUAAUCGUUUCAACUGUAGAUCAUAUACCAAGCAGGCCUGAAUCUGGUCUUGACAUGAUAUCUCCACGCGACCGCCAUAAUUCAUUAUCUGAGCAUGACCAUGAAUUGCAUUUGAAAGUCAGUGAGACGCUUCGACCGAUUUCACCUAUUCCUUCACUGCCUGCGCUACACAGAGCGAAAGGUGAGAAUUUGAUAAUGCCCAUUACUCACCAGCCACAUGUCUACUCGCAAAGUUUGCACCAUCAGCAUAUUCUGUCUGUGCACAUGUUCACAAAGGAGCAGCUCAACGAUCUAUUCAAUUUGGCACAGACUCUUAAGAUAUAUGUGCAGAAAGAGCGACCGAUUGAACAUAUUCUCAAGGGAAAAGUUAUGGCUUCAAUAUUUUAUGAAGUUAGCACCAGGACAAGCUGCAGUUUUUCUGCAGCAAUGCAACGUCUUGGAGGAAGGGUAAUCCAUAUGGAAGAGUCCAGUAGCUCAGUGAAAAAAGGGGAAACCUUGGAAGAUACUGUUAUUGUAAUGGCAAGUUAUUCUGAUGUUGUUGUUUUACGUCAUCCUGAACCCGGUGCUGCAUCUCGAGCUGCUCAUCACUGUAGAAAGCCGGUAAUAAAUGCCGGAGAUGGGACAGGUGAGCAUCCGACACAAGCACUCCUGGAUGUUUUUACAAUCAGGGAGGAGAUCGGCACUGUGAAUGGCCUCACGAUAACAAUGGUUGGUGAUCUCAAGAAUGGAAGAACUGUUCAUUCACUUGCAAGACUGUUGACCCUUUACAACGUCCAACUUUGUUAUGUAUCUCCUCCUUCUCUUGAAAUGCCAGAUUCAGUCUUUCAAUUUGUCAGGGACAAGGGAAUAACGCAGAAACAAAUGGCAUCUCUGGAGGAAGCUUUGCCUGAAUCAGAUGUCGUCUACAUGACACGAAUUCAAAGGGAGAGAUUUCCAUCACAAGAGGAAUAUGACAGGGUUUGUGGUCUUUUUGUUUUGACACCAGAACUGAUGACCAAGGCAAAACGGAAGAUGAUCGUAAUGCAUCCGCUCCCGAGGGUCUUUGAGAUAAGCCCUGAACUUGAUUCGGACCCAAGAGCUGCUUAUUUCAGGCAAGCCGAAGGUGGAAUGUAUGUUAGAAUGGCGAUCCUCACCAUGGUUUUAGGCAAAUUCUGAGUUUGGCAAUUAAGCUUAUCAGAAGAAGACUAUUUUACGUACCUACACUAUACAACUGGAUAUAUUUUUAAUUAUACAUACUAAGAUUUUUUUUAUUACUAUUUUUUUAAUUUUACUAUGUAUAGUGUACUAUUAUGUUCUUCCUUUGGAAAAAAUAAAAAAUAAAUAAAUAAAAUAAAAAUAAAUCAAUGCUGUGAUAAAGUUGAUA